AUGUUAAAGCAGAGAGUAAUAAAAAAGGUACCGGGUUUGUUGAGCUUAUGGGUGGCUUGGUUCACUAAGCGCAUCCUCUCACGUAACAUAAACAACUUCUGGGCCCUGCGGGAAAAGCAAAGUCACUCUUACACUGUCAAGAAGCUCUUAAGGUGUCGUGAUUUGGCAUUCAGUUGGAUAAAAGCCAAACUAGGAAAUGGUAGAAAUACCAUGUUCUGGUUUGAAAAUUGGACUCCUUUCGGCGGGAUCAAAGACUUCCUUCGCUUGCCUUCGUCCUCCUUCCUUGGCACGCGACAGAAUGCAACUGUCUCAGACAUCAAUCAUAAUGGCGCCUGGUCUCUCCCCAGCCCACGCUCAGAAGAACAACUUGCUCUUCAGACCCAUCUAACGACGAUAACUCUCUCCACGGAUGAGGACUCUUACAUAUGGUCACCUGAGGACAAACAAUUACCAAGUUACUCCACGGGUAUGAUCUACAAACUAAUAACACUUCACAAACCUCAGGUACCUUGGUAUACUGCGGUUUGGACUACAAAGGGAAUACCAAAGCAUAACUUCCUUGCUUGGAUGAUGGUACUAAACCGAUGCCCAACGAAAGACAUGAUUCUAAGUUGGGGACUUCAAACAAACCCGAACUGCCUCCUCUGCAACAACGCCGUAGAGUCAAGGGACCAUCUCUAUUUUGUCUGCCCAUUCUCUUUUGAAGUUUGGGAAGCUCUUGCGAUCAAAUCUGGCUGCCAUCCGGUAAGACAAUGGUCACAUUCUCUCACUACAAUGCAAUCACUCGCUCUCCCAAAGCACCAGAAGCUCUUAUCCUUACUAUCGUGGCAAUCGACAAUCUAUCUCCUUUGGACUGAAAGAAAUCACAGACUCCACCGACAACAGUUCCAUCAGUCAAGCACGAUCAUCACUAACGCGACCUCUAUGAUCAAGAACCAGGUAUCCUCUCUUAGGAACUCAAGCCCUAGACUCUACUUCCUCAUGAUGCUAUACUGGUUAAGAGACUAG